UAAUAGAGGGACAUUUUCGCGUUCUCUUCCCUUUUGCGUUGGUCACUUCCAGCAAAGAGUUAGAGAUGUUGAGGACUCGGUUGCUAUGGUUCACUAUUGGGUUUUCGGUCUCCGCCGCCACGAUUUCUCAGUUCGUCUGGCGAGAUCUUCUUGCGGAUCGAUACGCCCUUUCCACCGACAUGAAGCACAAGUUUGAUGCUCUGGAGCAACGAGUCCUGAACCUGGAAUCUGUUCCUCAUCAGAAUUCAAAUUCUUCUCCCGGGGCCGAAGCCUAAAUUUUCAUUUGGAGCUCAAAUAAUGUUUUGGCAUCUGGCAAGCUUAGACCUUUGUUGGAGCAUACUGAAGUUCUGUGCCGUUGAGUUUUCUUGACAUUGAUUAGAGACCAUAUUUUCCAUGUAUUUAUUACAGAAAACGUGAAUCCUACCAAACGUUUAUGAGGGGAAAAAAAUUCAGAAGUGAAGACCUAGAGGAAUCGAGCCGAUCGUUCUUGAAUCAAUGACCUAGCUUUAUGGCAGUAAGA